AUGGCAGCAGGAUCAGGCGCCAUGUAUGGAGGACGAAUGUUCCAUAACAUCUCCAAGUCUUUCCCCAAUUACCUGCCCGUCGAUUCUGUCCGUUCGGGUUCCAUCAAGCCCACCGGCCUUCGCCUCCAGGCCUCACGGCGGUCGUCUUCGGAGGCCAAUGAUCAGAAGGAUUUCGGUGACACAAGGGAAAUUAGUGGCCGGAAGGAGUCGAUGAAGGAGUACGUGGAGAAGGCCAAGGAUCAGGCGGCCGCUGCGUCAGAGAAGGCGAAGCAGAAGGCGGGAGAGGCCGCCGGGAAGGCGAAGGAGACAGCCGGCGCGGCGAGCGAGAAGGCGGCGGAGACGGCCGAGAAGACGAGGGAGACUGCGGCAUGGGCGAAAGAUAAGGCGAAGGAGAUAGCCGGCGCGGCGCGAGAGAAGGCGGCGGAGACUGCCGAGAAGACUAGGGAGGUUGCGGCGGCGGCGAAAGAUAAGGCGAAGGAGACUGCGGGAGAAGGUGCGGAGAAGGCGAAGGAGGGGGCGGGCAAGGUGGCGGACGCGGCGCAGAGCAUAGGGGAGAAGGCGAAGCAGACGGUGCAGGGGGCCUGGGAGGUGGCCAAGGAGACGACGCACAAGAUCAAGGAGACGGUGGUGGGGAAGGACGAGAAGACCGCGCCGGGAGAUGUUGGCCGGAAGCACGGAAGGGAGAAGCUUUAG